GUGUUAUGUUAACCCAUUCUCAUUGUAGGAUCAGCAGGCAACAGCCGGAUUUUAAUUAAUUCUACAUUUUUCCUCAUCAAUUCACUAAAAUUGAGUUAAAAUUCGAACGUAUCAAUAAUGUCUCUCAUUCCUCCAGUUAUCAUUCCUGCUGCCGUCAAGCACACGGCAACGAUUUUCUUCCUGCAUGGACUUGGAGAUACGGGACAUGGCUGGGCGAGCGACUUGGCCGAUAUAAAACCCCCUCAUGCUAAGCUCAUCUGCCCCACAGCGCCUGAAGCGCCCGUCACGAUCAACAUGGGGUUUGAAAUGCCAUCUUGGUUUGAUAUUCGAUCCCUGGACAAAAAUGAUGGAAAUGAAGACGAGCAAGGAGUUAAAAAUGCGUCGCAAGAUAUUGUAAAAAUGAUUGAUGACGAGAUCAAAGCCGGAAUUCCAGCGGAUCGAAUCCUUCUCGGUGGAUUCUCGCAAGGAGCAGCCUUAUCUUUGUACACAGGACUCACUGGACCUCACUCAUUGGCCGGACUGGUCAUUCUAUCCGGCUAUCUUCCCGUUCGCAAAACAAUUUCAUGGGACAAGAUCAACAAGCCACCAGUUCUACAAUGCCACGGCGAUGCUGACACCGUAGUUCAUUACGAGGUGGGCGUCGGAACUUCUAAAAUGCUCCAAGAAUUGGGAAAACUUCCCAAUUUUACUUUCAAGACGUAUGAAAACUUGCAACAUUCCUCGUCCCCGAGAGAAAUGAGGGACGUGCAAAAUUUUAUUAAAGAAAAAUUACCAUAAUUCAGAUUCAUAGCAAAAAAAUCUUUUGGACUCAGAGUAAUUUUUUUUCGAUGAAAUUGUAGUAAAAAAGAGAUUCAUGUUUUUUUGGAACAAUGAAUAAGCCGUAA